AUGGGAAGGAGAACAGUCAGUGGCCUUCUUGUCACCAAAGGCGGCUCAAUUCUUGUAUUCAGGGAGGAAAGCCCACGCCACAAGGCCACCGCUUGUUGUACCCGCCUCGGGUGCAGCAGUAAGCUUUUCCCAAACAAAGACAGGAAGACACGCAGGGCAUCCAUGGAAACAUCGGCUCUUCAGAGAUCACAAGUGUUGAGGAAAUCCAACAGGAUAUCCCCUCAAGGAAGUAUUUCUUAUGAUAGAAGCACCAAUAGGAAUACAGCAAGUACUUUUGGUGAGACUGACAAUGUACCAAGACGAAAAGAAAAUCCCGGGUGUGAUCUAUUGGUUCGGUUGAAAGAAAGGGUCAAUGCAUCCAGGAAACGCUCAUUGGGUGGACUGGUUAGUCCUAAAAUGUCAUCAACAAACACAUCAAGCAGUAGCCAAUCGAUUUCAAGAUCUAUAUGUCGGCCAGCUUCGAGAAUGAGAAAGGAUGGAGGAAGGGGUGCAGAAGCUAUGAGGAUGCAUAAAGCCAGAGAGAGUAGUGGUAGCUCUAGGGAAGAUGUGUUGACAAGAAAUUCUAACCAAGAUCCUUCAGACAGGUUUCUAUCUCGAAGCUUGUUGAGGCGCAGGAGUAGACUUCAGCAAGGGCCAAUAUCAUCAUUCGAGGAUACUUUAGAUGAUUCUAGUGAAUACUGGCACUUUGAUAUGGAUGACAGUGAAGAGGUUGAGGAUUACUAUGUCUUUAAUGAUCAGCAUAGAGGAAUGAGAAUGGACAUUGAUGACAUGUCCUACGAGGACUUGCUUGCGCUUGGGGAGAGAAUAGGUACUGUAAGCACUGGCCUUUCAGAUGAUGCGCUUUCUGAGUGUCUGAAGAGAAACCUCUAUGUGCCCACAACUUCAAGCAGCCAUGAAGAUGGUGACAUCAAAUGCAUUAUUUGUCAGGAGGAGUACUCCUCUGGUGUGGAGGUGGCCAAGAUGGCAUGCAAGCAUUACUAUCAUACCACUUGCAUCCAACAGUGGCUUCAGCAAAAGAAUUGGUGCCCGAUUUGUAAAUGUGUCGCUUCUGUCAUCAGCUCAGAGUGUUCUUGA